AGUCUCUAUGGUUGCGCGGUAAACAAUGGAGGUGUGAUAAAUGUGUUAUGUUUUUUAUUUUUAUAAGUUAUAUAUCUAACUGAGAGUAAUUAUUAAUGAUGUCAUCCAUGACGGAAAAUCAAUCCAAUGCCGAAGAUGUGGGGGAGACAUUGAUUAAGACACAAAAUGAUUUAAUAAAGCUCCGAGAAUAUCUUUCCAAGUCCGGUGUGUCCGAUAUGGCUCCAUUAGAGUCUGCUAUCGAAAGAAUGGAAGAAAAAAUUCAAACCAGAACAGAGGAAAUACUAGAUCGGAUUAAUGGCCAAGUUAUGAGUCUUCCAUCACUUGAAGAAAACGAUAUGACAGUUUCGAUACAAAUCUUCGAUUUGGAAAAAUCUCAGCAGCAAGUUCCUAAGAAAAAACCUGAAGAAGCAAAAGUGAAUGGUCUAGUAUCUCCCUCUCCUGGUCAGAAAGUUAAAUUGAAACAAGAUGCCAAAGCGUUAGCUAAUCCUUAUAGUUCAAGGAAUAGGCAGGUUUUACAUGAUAAUCAUGGUAUACAAUUACCUCUGUUAGUUGAUCAUAAACUUCCUGCACCGGAAGGACAAGUAUAUAAGGGAUCGACGGUGGAAAAAUUAGCUACUCUUUCUAGCAAACACGAUCCGCAAAGUACCCCACCGCCAAUUAAAGAGGAGGAUGCGAAAAAGGGUAUUCUUUCACUGACCCAGCGUAGAUUAAUACCACCUACAGCUGAAUUACAAUUUAGUCCAUCCCCUCUCCAGCUUCAACUUGUUAACAUGCGUCCAGCGGAAGAGAAACGAAAUAGUAUUGGACCGGGAAAUCAAAAAUCUUAUUCUACAGCAGUUGUACCAGUCAAGAAGGUUGAGGAAGCGAGUUCUAGCGGUAGGCGAACAACAUCUAGUAAUAAAAACCGACGAACAACUCCAGUUGCGGUUAAGAAUGUUGAAUUAGGUAUACACCAACCAAUGCCGCCACCAACCACACCGGCUAGUGGUGACUUUAAAGAAAAAGGACAUCGAAUAGCCGUUCAGAAUGGGCGUCUGCGAGAAGCAGCCCCCGAAUUUCACGCAUACAAACAGGCAUAUUGCCUUAAUUGGGGCCCAAUAGCAACUCUAUUGAAGAGAUCGUGCAAACUAUUGCAGAACUAUAAUGUACCAAUUGCCUUUAUUCAAGGAGAUAAAGCAGCUGAGUUGGCUUUCGAAAUUGAAUUAGAAGGUGAUUUGACUAUCCCUCAAUUAUUAUCGAUCAUAGCUAAUAGAGAAGACGUUGAAGCCAUUAUAAAACAACCUGGCAGAACUUUUAGAGCUACAGACACGGGAGUUCAUAAGGCAGCCGCAAGAAUACAAGCUACUUGGAAAAUGUUCGGUCAAAGGAGAAACUAUCUAGAGUAUAGGAGAAAGAAAUGGGCUGCAGGGGUAAUAGCUAUAAGUUGGAUUAUGAGCGUAAAAAUGUCGAAAGUUCGACGUCAAUUAAAGACAACUCGCCUCGAGCAAGUUGCAUCCUUUAAAAGACGGCUGCAGGAUUUGAAGAAGAGGUGGCCUUCCAUUAAAGAAUCUCGUCGUGUUAUCAUACACAUAAAUUCGUAUGGAUAUAACGAUUAUAUCCGUAAAUCAACCACAAAAUUAAACAUUCGUCAAAACUUGCAGAUGGCGCGUUUGUGUGACUUAAGGGAUGAUAACGUUGAUGUUAUUUAUAUAAGUUCGGUUACGAUAAGUGAUGAAAUGACGCAAUACUAUUCAAAAUUGAUGGGACUGAAGCCCGCCAUCGAAUCGUCAAAUGUUGAUGAUCAGCGAGACAUUUCCGAGAGAUUUACCAUAAUAACUCCAGAUGCUAUAAACUCCUUUCCUGCUCAUAAUAUGUGUUUGGCCUCUUUACUCAAGUACUCUCCUAGAACUCUGAACAGGAUAAAAAGCAUCAUUAAAGGUCGAGAAGCUUAUAUUUAUACUGGUUUUCCUCAAAUCGACGAUUUGGCAGUCGCCGAUGCUCUUAACGUUCCAAUUAUUUGUUCAGAGCCAAAUAUCUCAUCAUCGUAUAGCUCUAAAUCCGGUUCGAGGAGAAUACUCAUCGGAGCAGACGUACCAAUUCCUCCCGGAGAGUUCGAUAUAUAUAAAGCGCAACAUUUAUACGAAAGUCUCGCUCAAUUAAUCAUCGACAAUCUUCAAGUUAGCCGUUGGUUAAUCAAAAUUGAUGAGGAGAUGGAGGGUCGCGGUAUUGCGUAUAUUGAUAUCGAUAAACACCUCCAAUGCUACGAUUGGGCAGUAAGAGAGGCCGCUAGGUACGGAGAUAAAUGGAACAAAAAGUGGGCCCAAGAGGCAGCUCUUAUUAAAAUUCAAACUGAAUUGCCGAGUGUUAUUCAACAAUUCGCUAUUCCUGCCUGUAGGGACAUAUAUCCCACUUGGGAAGAAUUUGAAAAAGCUCUGAUAUCUAGAGGAGGUGGCGUUGAGGCGUCACCUCCCUCCGAAAGUGUAACAGCUAUUACCGCUGAUAUGAUGAUUGAACCAGAUGGUACAAUUCAAUUACUAAGUGUUGGUGAUCAAGUUCACGCCGAAAACCCUUUUCACUGUUGGGGUAUAUCCGUACCCCAGUCGUCAGUGGAACCGCAACAACUAAACGAAAUCCUGCAGAAAGUGGCAGAGACGUGCCGAAAUCGUCAUAUUGUUGGUCCAAUAUCAAUUGAUCUUGUCACAUUUAUACAUCCAAAAACUAUGGAGCAACUCGUUUGGGCAGUGAACGUUAAUAUGAAAUACUCUGAUACUAUGGCUAUGUUUAACAUGCUUUUAUUUGCAACGAAUGCAAAAUUUGACGCCGUUAAUCAUGUUUUAGAAUGCCCACCACCGCCCCCUGAUCCAAAGAAGCGGCGGGACGCUAAACCCCAAACGGAAACAAACAAUUCCAGAUACGCCGUUUUAUCUACAAGAUUGCAACAUUCGAAUUUAACAGUUGUUCACUACAGUGUCUUCUUCCAGAUGUGUCGGGCUCAUGGUAUUGGCUACGAUGUUAGGGAAAAACAAGGGACAAUUUUUACGUUAGUCGAUUCCUUUUCUCGAGAUCGUCUCGGGAUGUUAACCGUAUCGGAUACCCUCCAAGCUGCCUUAGCUAGUUUUGCUAGGAACUUAAGUGUUAUCCAUCAGGAGAUCAGCGCUCCAAAUAUGCAAGGGGAAAGUAACUUUAGAGCGGUUAUUGAUGAUAUUGAAGCGAUUCUCGGAACAACGGUCGAGAACGCAGAUGAAGAGAAUGUCGAGAAUGAGAAAUAA